AUGCCUGUGUCAAUUGACAUCAUCCCGUUUUCGGAUUCUUUAGAAUUGUAUGGUGAACCAGACUUUUCAUCUGCCUUCUCUCUGGCAGGCCAUGUGUCGAUCUCGCUCAGUUCACCUUCGCUUAUGUUCCAGCGCCGGCGGAGCACAACGCGUGCUUUGAUGCAGUCGCUCACCGUCACAUUUGAGGGACAAUCCGAAAUAAUCACCCCGGACAUUGGGUAUGCCCCUCUGCGACUCUGCUCCAUCACUCGCGAGCUUGUAAAUGGUGAACCCAUCGACCUUUCCAACGAAGGGCACGAAGAUUCCAAUAAGCCCUGCUCUUGGAAUGUCAUUUUUGACAUCCUUAGUUCCUGGCUGGUUGCCGACUACGUCUACGCAUGGAGAUCGCAGUGCAGCAGCUUUUGUUCACCUUUUGGCUGUCGUACUCACACAAUCAAUGCGCCAAGAUGUCCAGUCACUCUCGCUCGUUUUGCCGAGGUUCCUUCUGCCCCCUCGUCGUCGUCCUCUACCUCUGUCUUCCCAAUGACAUUGUUCAUCGUCGAUGCGCAAUCAGGGCAAGAUGACACAGAAACAGACACAACGACUAUUCCGCCUGAAAUCCUGAAGAAGAUUCAGGUUGUCGCGUCCAUUCCCAACGCGGUGACUUUGGAUGAAACAUCCGUUCCUCUCAUCCUGCGCUUACAAGGCAAUGAACUGGACGGCUCUCAGCGAGAGCGCCUUCGAAUAACUGAUUUUCACUCUCGAUUUAUGGUCCCGCCUAGGACACAACAACCUCCUUCUUUGCCCCUUCGGAAUGCACACCCUGUGCAUACACUCUAUGAGGUUGGCCUUCUCAUGACUCCAAAUCCGUCCAAAUCUACUUCGAUUCGUUCGUUUUCCCUCUUCGAUCCCUCGAAUUCUGGGAAGUACAUUAUUUCUGGUGACGGUCGCGUCUUUGUGCAUGACCCUCCAAAGGGCAAUGUGACCACUCCUUCUCCGUCAGAGAACUGGUAUGUGCUCGCGGCAAAUGUGCCUUUGGCACCAGAGCCCCACCAAUUGGAUUGGGCUGGGCUCCGCAGCCGUCGUAUAUCUGAAAAUAGCCCUCUUUUCAGUGUGUGCCACUUGAUGCACAUUGCGCUCCGGUGUGUCUACGAACAACCCGACGGCGAGGUUCAUGUGCGGGUGGCUGUCCCACAAAUCAAUCCGUCCGCUGCUGAUCGCACCAUUGUGGGUGCAAAGGAGCUCCAAAAAAGCGUUCCAUACAGCCACAGUCUUCCCGCAUACUCUCAGCUCUUCUACUCGAAUGGAGAGCGCAAGAUCGAUUACUCAACUCCUCUUCCACUUUAUGAACCUCCACCAUCAGCUUCGUCAUCAUCUUCAUUCACACUUGAUAACAGUGACGACGAUCGAAAAUCAAUCUCGUAA